AUGGGAUCCCCCGACAUCAACGCUGCGAUGAAUGCUCCAAGCGUUCCAGUCCUUUCGACCUUCCCCAAAUUUCCCCUCUUCCCUAAGGAAAUUCAACUUAAGAUAUGGUUCCAUGCCCUUCCAGACGGACGAAUGUUUUAUGUAGGUAUAUACGGAGUAUUUCCGCCUCCACGGCCUCAUGCACUGUAUGAUGUGAGUCCAGAGUCUCGCGGAGUGUUUCUCAAACAUUCCAAAAGACUCCCUACUCAUACCGCGGGUUGUGUUUACGCCAAAUGGAGUAAAGAUCCUAUCUUUUACAGUCCAUUAAGAGAUACAAUCGUUUACCUGGAUUGUUGUGACGAGAGGAAAAGGUUUUUCGCCGAACUUCGUCACGUAGGCGUUCUAGCGGAUUGCCAACAGUACGCUAUCCCAGCUGGAGAUUGUCGUUUCGAUACUAUUGAUCGUGAUUUGAUGUUGAGCGAUGGCAACAUGUCUUUCUACGCACAACUCUUGACAGAUUGUCCAAUGCUUAAGUCUUUCAGUUUUGUGAUUGGAUCCAACGCCGUCCAAAAAAAGGUCAGAGAAAUUCCAGGAAUGCGAUCUGCAAAGGCGAAUUACUGGAAAGAGACAAUAUUGGAGGAAUUCUAUCAAGAAAAAAUGGAAGAGAUACGAAACGUUGUUGAAAAGUGGAAACAAUUGCAUCCUGAAGCAAUCGUUCCUCAAAUUGAGAUAGUUUACGCUGCAACGGACGCAUUUUCAGGAUCAAUAUCAAAAUGA